AUUACUAGAGAAAGAUCUCCAUUCUAUUAAUACUAAAUGGAGUAAUUAAAUCCCAAUCAUUAUUAAAUAAAAUUUUGAAAUUCCAAUUACUACUAUAAAUCACGUAAAAUAAUUAUUACACCCAAACACUCACAAGAUGGCGAUUGGCAGCGGCGGCAGUGGCAGUAACCGGCCACCACCUCACUGUGGCGCCCGGAGAAGAAUCGUCGCCACUAAAAAACGUGAUUUGACUAAUUGGCUUUCGGUCAAAAAUAGCGUUAAGAAGAUUCUCAAACGUGAGAUUUCAUCAAAACGACAUCGUUCUGUUUCAAUUACUAAUUCCGCUCAUCGUUUCAGUAACAUCCGCUUGAAGAAACAAUAUGAUACCCAUGAUCCUAAGGGACAUUCAUUAUCUUUAUUACCGUUCUUGAUGAAAAGAGCUAGAGUUAUUGAAAUAGUGGCAGCACGUGGCAUUGUAUUCGCUCUUGUAAGCACAGGUGUUUGUGCAGCCUUUAGUAGAGAUACAAACAAGAGGAUAUGCUUCCUGAAUAUCUUUCCAGAUGAAGUUAUCCGUAGCUUGUUUUACAAUAAAAAUAGCGACUCUUUAAUAACAGUUUCAGUAUAUGCUUCAGACAAUUUCAGCUCACUCAAAUGUAGAUCAACAAGAAUAGAAUAUAUUCAAAGAGGCCAGCCAGACGCCGGUUUUCCUCUUUUUGAGUCCGAGUCCCUAAAGUGGCCUGGAUUUGUGGAAUUUGAUGAUGUAAACGGGAAAGUGCUUACCUACUCUGCACAAGAUAGUAUAUACAAGGUAUUUGACUUGAAGAAUUAUACACUAUUGUACUCUAUAGCGGACAAAGAGGUAGAUGAAAUCAAGAUCAGCCCUGGCAUCAUGUUAUUGAUUCUCAGUAGGGCCCAGGGCCAUGUUCCUUUGAAGAUACUAUCGAUUGAAGAUGGCACAGUACUAAAAGAUUUUAGUCACCUACUUCAUCGGAAUAAAAAAGUGGAUUUCAUAGAGCAAUUCAAUGAAAAGCUUCUUGUUAAGCAAGAUAACGAGAAUCUCCAGAUUCUUGAUGUACGCAAUGCUGAAGUGAAAGAAGUUAGUAAAAAUGAGUUCAUGACUCCAUCGGCAUUUAUUUUUCUCUACGAUAAUCAGUUAUUUUUAACAUUCAGAGAUCGAGUUGUUUCCGUUUGGAACUUUCGAGGAGAGCUUGUGACAUCAUUCGAGGAUCAUGAGUUAUAUCAUGCUGACUGCAAUACGAAUAACAUUUAUAUAACGAGUGAUCAAGACCUUAUAAUUUCUUUCUGCAAGUCUAGAACAGAUGAUCAAAGGACCGAGACAAAAGCUGGUUCUAUUAAUAUCAGCAGCAUUUGGAGUGGGAAAUGUGUAGCUAAGAUAAACUCAAGCAAUGCAACUCUAACUGAAUCAGAAAACGAGAGGCAAAAGAUUAUUGGAGGCAACAUAAUUACCGAAGCUCUUGAAGACAUAACAGCCCUUUACUAUGAUGAAGAACGCAACGAGAUCUAUACAGGUAAUGGUCAUGGCUUGGUUCAUGUAUGGUCCAAUUGAAGACCUCAAGAGAUUAACAAAUCUAAUUAAAUGGCUUUGAUGGCAUGCUGCUACUUAAUUUUACCGGUUGUUGGGUUUUUUAGAUCAUGUUGAGUAUACAGAAUUGGUUGAGUUGCAUGAAUAUCUCGUGUUUUUACUGGAUUUCAUUGUGCAUUGUAUAUGAACUAAUUGCUUGAGUUUUGAAAGCUAACAGAGUACAAAGAAAUCUAGUGUUUUUUUUUU